AUGGCAGAAAACACCAGUCCAGCUAUCAUCACUAUGACUUGUGAGGUUUGUUCAGAGUAUUACACUGACCCCCUCAUGUUUCCCUGUCUUCACUCAUUCUGUAAGAAGUGUCUAAUAAAAGAUAAAGAGAAGCAAGGUAGUGCUGAUACCUCAUUAAAGUGUCUAACGUGUGACACUAGCGUUAAUUUACCUGAUGGUAAAAUUGAAGGCCUCACUCAAAACCUUUGGUUUGAACAUAAAUCAAAAGAGGCUUCAAUCAAAAAGAAGAUUGUUAGUAAAGAAACAAUAUUGUGUGAUAAAUGUGAUGAUUCCAGUGAUGCAGCUGUUGUGUAUUGCUGUGAUUGUGGUCUGUUCCUGUGUGAUUAUUGUAAGAAAGGUCAUAAGCGAAACAAGAAAGAAGCCAAUCACAACGCUAGGAGGAAUUCUGUCGAGAAGCAGUUGGACGGGUUUCGUAAACUGGUAAAACAGGUUUCUCAUGGUCGUCAUCUUGCAUCAUCAGUGAGUGAGCGUACUGAUCCAGGUGAAGUUCUGAGUGUUAAGAAGCUAAUCACCAAUCAACUAGAGGAAUGCAUUGAAGAGUAUAACAAACUACCUCUAGAAAUAGAAGACAAAGGAGCCAUUUUAACACGUCUAGAUACACCUUCUUUAAGUAAAGAGAUCAAUGAGUUUGGAAGUGUCUCUGGUAUAGAUGCAUACUCCAUUGAUAGUGGGUUAGCUAUUCCACUGGCAACAGUAAAGAAAGAAAGGAAAUUCAAAGUGGCUCUACCAGCAGGCAUAGGUAAAGCAGCAAGCUAUUUGAAGGGUUCCUUUAUCAAAAGUAAUGGUAGGAAAGAUGAGGGUAGAGUUGUUAUAGUUAAUGAUAACAACACAGCCAUUGUAUCAUGCACACCUCAAAGUAUUGGUAGAUAUGAACUAUCAGUGACUAUAAGAGGUCACCAUAUUAAAGGUAGUCCUUAUCAACUGUCAGUAAAAGCAUCAAGAGACUAUACCACACUAACUAACCAGAGAUCCUUUAAUGUGGGGAGCGGUACUUAUGGUGUUGCUGUUCAUACUAAUGGUGAAGUAUUUGCUAGUAGUACUGAUGGCUUUGUUCAGGUAUUUAGUGAGGAUGGUACUGCAGUAAGAAGGAUUGGAUCUAAAGGUAAUGGUAAUGGACAGUUUGAAUGGCCUAGGAGUUUAUUGCUGGUAAGAGACAGGCUCUAUGUGUCUGAUGAUAAUCUUCAUCGUGUGCAGUAUUUCUCAGCUACUACUGGUCAGUAUAUUGGUCAGUUUGGUAGUAAUGGUAAUGGAAAUGGACAAUUCUCUAGUCCUCAUGGUAUGUCUACUGAUGGUAAAGGUAAUAUAUUAGUAGCUGAUUAUAGCAACAAAAGAGUACAAGUGUUUAAAGAAGAUGGUACAUUUGUACAAGUCAUACAAUGUGAUGGUCAAGCAACUGAUGUAGCAGUUGAUAAUGAAGGAAAGAUACAUGUUACCAUUCGUAAUCAACAUCAUGUUCAAGUCUUCUCUCCUGAUGGUAAAACUCAUCUUGAUACAUACAAUAAUCCAGCUGGUAACUUUAAUUAUCCUCAAGGUAUUGCUAUUGAUGAUGAAGGAUAUAUCUUUGUAUCAGUUUAUAAUAGUGGCACCUCUUAUCUUCAUAUAUUGAGUCCUGACAGGAAACAAGUCAAAUUAAUCUCAGGAUUAUCUUCUCCAUGGGGUGUAGCAUUGGAUAAGGAUGGAUAUAUUUAUGUUGCUGAUUAUGGCAACAAACGUAUAACGAAAUAUUAAUUUAGUUGUUCAAUAGAACUGGAAUAAACUAGAU